AAUGAAGUGCUGUAAUUGGAUUUUUGUUCGGAUUUAAAAAUUCAAGUUUUCGCAAUGAAUUCUGAAGAAAUGCAAAGCAAGAAGUCGCCAAUAUCUGCUAAAGCGCCAGAAUCAACAGACGGUAAGCCACCUAGCGACGAGGAUCAACUUUUGCAAGAGGAACUUGACAUGCUUGUAGGACGGCUUUCCGAAUCAAAUUCUGAAUUGUAUCUUCCUGCUUUGGAGACGAUUCGUGACCUCAUCAAAUCCUCAACUACCAGCAUUACUUCAGUUCCAAAACCGUUAAAAUAUAUGGUUUCGCAUUAUGAGAACAUGAAGAAAAUUUAUGAGAAGUUCCAUGAUGAGAAGUGCAAACAGAGUUGUGCGGAUAUCAUUUCUGUACUUGCAAUGACAAUGGGUUCUUCUAAUGAAUGCGUAUUCUAUCGUUUACAUGGAGAUCCUGAUGUCAACGUUAGUGAUUGGGGACAUGAAUACAUUAGGCAUUUGGCAUCUGAAAUCGCAUCUUCUUGGCCAUCUGCAUGUCGAUCAUAUCAAGAGCGACUACUUUGUCUUGUUAAACAAAUUGUUCCCUAUACUAUAGCCCAUAAUGCCGAGGCGGAAGCGUGUGAUCUUUUGAUGGAAGUUGAUAAGCUAAAUUUACUCGACGAAUUCAUUGACAUAGAGUCUUACCCGAAAAUCACACUUUAUUUGCAACAUUGUGUUCCUUUCGUUCCUGAACCAGAAAAUGUGAACAUCCUCCAUAUUAUUCUCGAUUUAGCAUUGCGUUUUGGAGAGAAUUAUGAAGCAAUGCGAGUUGCUCUUAUUCUGAACGAUUCAAAGAUCAUCCGAAAAGUUUUCCACUCUUGCGACGACUAUCUAGUUAAACUCCAAAUGGGAUUUCUUGUAAGUCGACAACGGAUAAGUUUCAGUAUUAUCGAGAAUUCAAGCGAUCUUUCGGAAGAAGUAGCUGAAAUUCUGACGAACUCUCGGCUUAAUGUUUAUUUUAUGAUUUUGGCCCGAGAGUUGGAUAUCCUAGAAGGCAAGACACCAGAAGACGUUUAUAAGUCUCAUUUGGAUCCCGCUCGUGUGACAAUGAGCCAAACUCAAGCGGACUCUGCAAGAAAUAAUCUGGCCGCCAGCUUUGUGAAUGGAAUGAUAAAUGCUGGAUUUGGCAUCGACAAAAUUUUUGUAGAUUUUGGAAACAAGUGGCUCUAUAAGAACAAAGAUCAUGGGAUAAUUAGUGCGACAGCUUCUAUUGGGCUUUUAAGGUUAUGGGACAUUGAUGGAGGUUUAGCGAUAAUCGACAAAUAUUUGUAUUCGGUAGAUGACUAUGUCAAGUCGGGAUCAUUGUUAGCUUGUGGUAUAUUGAACUGCGGAGUCAGAGACGAGGUGGAGCCAGCUCAUGCUCUCCUUUCCGAUUACCUUGGAAGCUCAAACAAUUUAUUUAAAAUAUGUUCGAUUUUAGGAAUAGGAAUUGCGUACUCGGGAUCGAAUAGUUCCUUGGCUUUGGGUUCUCUGCGGCCUCUGCUUAAUAGCGACGAUAUUGAGGUUUUGGGAGUUCUGGCGAUUAGUAUUGGUCUGAUUGCUGCAGGCACUUGUAAUUCAGAAGAUACAGAGCUAUUGUUGCAGCAAGUAGUUACUUGUUCAAUGCGGAAAAGUUUCGGUAGCCAUUCGCGUUUCCUAUAUUUAGCGUUGGGGCUCCUGUAUCUAGGUCGGCAGUGCGAAAGUGAAACUCUUUUAGAGAGUUUGCAAAUUCUAGAAGAGCCCUACCAGACUUACACAAAAAUAAUUGUUGAAAUGUGUGCAUUUGCAGGAACGGGAAACGUUCUUAAAGUACAAAAAUUGCUUCAUCUUUGCUCUGAACAUAGUGAACAAAGAAAGAGAUCUGAAAAAACUGAUGAAGAAAAAACAGAUUGGAAGUUUAAGAAAAUAGAUUUAUCGGAUAUUCAAACAGUUGCAGUUCUAGGUGUAGCGCUCAUUUCAAUGGGCGAAGAUAUUGGAACCGAGAUGGCUUUCAGGUCUUUCGGGCAUCUAAUGCUUUAUGGAGAACCCUGCAUAAGGAAAAGUGUGCCACUUGCAAUUGCUUUAAGUAGUGUGUCAAAUCCAAAGAUGGGAAUCCUGGAGAUGCUGAAUAAGUUUUCACAUGACAAUGAUAUGGAAGUGGCUCAUGCUGCAAUUUUUUCGCUUGGUUUAGUUGGUGCGGGAACAAAUAAUGCGAGGCUAGCGUUGUUGUUACGGCAAUUAGCACAGUAUUACGCUAAGGAUGUGAAUAAUUUGUUUCUAGUUAGAAUCGCCCAAGGAUUGACUCAUCUUGGCAAAGGCACGAUGAGUUUGAGCCCUUAUCAUAGCGAUAAACAAAUCAUGAAGCCAGUGGCGGUUGCUGCAAUCCUUUGUGUUCUGUUCUCGGCCAUAGAUAUGAAGAAUUUAAUAUUUGGACCGUAUCAUUACUUAAUUUAUACAUUUGUGCCGGCUAUAGAACCACGUUGCCUGAUGACGUUCGAUGAGAAAUUAAACCAUCUUCCAGUACCUGUGCGUGUAGGGAUAGCAGUUGAUACAGUGGCACAGGCAGGAAAGCCAAAAACAAUUACAGGGUUUCAAACGAAUACUACGCCAAUUUUGCUUGGAGCCGGUGAAAGAGCUGAGUUAGCCACAGACGAGUACAUUCCAAUAUGCAAACAUUUGGAAGGUUUCGUAGUACUAAAGAGGAACCCAGCAUAUGGCAAAUAGCGAUUUAUUUUCAGCAUUUUGUAAUUUGUAUUUGAAUUUUUUAUUGUGAAAUGUUUUAGAGUCCAUCAAUUUUAUUGAAAUUAUUCUGUAACACAAAGAACCUUCUAAAUGCUUUCCUCAUUGGAUUUGAUAUUAAGAUCUCAGAGUUCCAAAGGUUCCUUAAUAUAAUAAAUAUAGUAAUAUAAUAAAUAUUGUAGUUAUUGAAAUACUCUACUGGAAUGACAAACAAGCAAUGACCAGA